AUGCCUUUGCCUUGGUCUCUCGUGCUUUCGCUGCUGGUGCUGCAGACCUCAGGGGCCAUGGCAAAGCCGGGCACUGCCCCGCUGAUCCAGGGGGGGCGUGCACAUCCUGGGCAGCAGCACGGGGACAGAGGAGGUGGUCUGGGUCUCGACCUACCAGCCGAUGUUCUGUUGGGGUCACCUGGGAAGGUGCGGCACCCACGGGACGGUCACUGGGUCCGGCCAGCCUCAGAAGACCGGCUGACGAGGGAGAGGCUGCGCAGAGGGACCGAGGACGAGGACUCCAAGUCAGUCCAGCACUACAUGCCGGGGAUAAGGGUGGAGUUCCCCCGGCCCAUCAACCCAACCAAGCCCCUGGUGCCAUCCAGCACAGACCCUGCUGAGCACCGAGAUGGGAGCCACACAGACCUCCAAGGCACAGACCCCCGUGGCAACCUUCCCACGGCGCCGGACAAGCGUCUGCAGAUCCAGAACCCGCUGUACCCAGUGACGGAGAACUCUUACAGCGCCUACGCCGUGAUGUUCCUCUCCCUCAUCGUCUUCGCCGUGGGCAUCAUCGGCAACCUGUCAGUCAUGUGCAUCGUCUGGCACAACUACUACCUGAAGAGCGCCUGGAACUCCAUCCUGGCCAGCCUGGCUCUCUGGGACUUCCUUGUCCUCUUCUUCUGCCUCCCUGUGGUCAUCUUCAAUGAGAUCACCAAGAAGAGGCUGCUGGGGGACAUCUCCUGCCGCAUCGUGCCCUUCAUGGAGGUGUCUUCCUUAGGUGUCACCACCUUCAGCCUUUGUGCCCUGGGCAUCGACAGGUUCCAUGCAGCGACCAGCCCUCAGCUCAAGAUGCGGCCCAUAGAGCAGUGCCAGUCCAUCAUUGCCAAGUUGGCCGUCAUCUGGGUGGGCUCCAUGACUCUCUCUGUGCCAGAGAUUCUCCUCUGGCAGCUGACGCAGGACACGUCGCCGGUCUCUGGUGUGGUGACCGAGUACUGCACCAUGAAGCCUUCCCUGGAGCUGCCGGAGUCCGUCUACUCCCUGGUCCUCACCUACCAAAACGCCAGGAUGUGGUGGUAUUUUGGCUGCUACUUCUGCCUGCCCAUCCUCUUCACCGUGAGCUGCCAGCUGGUGACUCGAAGGAUUAGCAGCGCUGAGAAGAAGGCGGAGUGCCGGGGGUCCAAGCACGGCCAGUGUGAGAGACAGCUCAACUGCACCGUCAUAGGCCUGACGGUCAUCUAUGGCCUGUGCACCAUCCCCGAGAACAUCUGCAACGUUGUGGUGGCCUACCUGUCCCCGGACAUGUCUAAGCAAACCUUGGACCUGCUCAAUCUCAUCAACCAGUUCUUCUUGUUCUUCAAGUGCUCCGUCACCCCCGUACUGCUCCUCUGCCUCUGCAAGCCACUGGGGCAGGCCUUCAUGGAUUGCUGCUGCUGCUGCUGUGAGGAGUGUAGUCAGGACACGGCCUCCAGCGAGGGCAGCAGCUCAGACAGCAAGCUGAAGACGGAGAUGUCCUCCUCCAUCUUCUUCGACAAGCCCAGGGAGUCGCCUCCCCCGAUCAUGGCCCUGGGCACGCCUUGCUAAGCUCCACCGGCCCUGAGGGAAGUAGUAGAGAUUGUUCCUUUGGCGUCUCCCAAGACCAAAUGUUGUUACUUUAGUCUCAGUGUCUGCACAUGAGAUGGAGCGGGGCAUCUUCAUGCCUGCCAUGGGCUUGUUUGAUACCCAGCAAGGAUGUUAGUGCUGUUGCCAGCUGACGUGGCUUCUUAGGCAGCUCUCCUGCCUUUGCUGGAGAGUCACCAAGGCCAUGGGCAUCUUCCAGUUGCGGUUCCCUGGCACGGCUCUGAGGAGUUGCUGGUUUGGGUGAGGGGAUGUCUUGGAAAGGUCCCAUCUGCAGCACUUCAAGAACUGAGAGUUGCCAUAGCGUCUCCUAGAGGAUGUAGCAACUAGUAACCUGUCUGACGUAUCCUGGGUUCUCAACCUCC